ACGCAUGCACACCUUGACAUUAGGCUGCCAUUCUCCUCAUUCUUCCUCACCUGUUCUAUCUUCCCCCCACGACUCACCAAACCCGAGAUCAAGAGCUUAUAUAUAAGCUGCAUCUCCCCCACCCCAAAGCGGGAGUCGUAGUUUAUAUACAGCUACAAUAUCGAGAUGGGGCUGCGGACCUGCAGCGCCAUGGAAGGCGAGCUUGCUGUCGCCUCGCCUUUCGUCCAGUGGCUCAAGCCGCCCGCGUCGUCCUCUUCCUCGUCCCCGUCGUGCUCAACCUUCUCCUCGUCCUCCUCGAGGCACCAAGAAUUCCCUGAGGAAUAUGGGAACAGCAUGACAUGUCUGCCGCUGCUCCGUAUGCUGGAGGAGGGGAAGAGGGGCGCUGGUGGCGAUCAUGAGCACCAUGCGGUCAAGGAAGAGAUCAUUAGCACUGCGGCCGGGGUGCUGGGCCCCGGCGUGGAUCUGAACAUAGGCUUGCCGGUUGGUGGAUCUUGCGAUGAUGACGCCAUGGAAGACGAGGAGAAGGUAGACGCUGAAGACGACGAUGACGCUGAAGACGAGGAGGAUGAGGGGGAGAUGGAUGAGUGGAAGCCUGCACAUGGCAGUUGCAAGGUGGAGAAAGAGGAGCACGGCGAGGCGGUGGUUUCGGUGGAAGGGUCAAACAGCAUCCUUGACAUGGGUGAAUUCGGAGUUGCCGGGGCAGAGAGCAGCGUGGCGAUGAGCAGCCAGUAUUGGAUCCCGACGCCCGCGCAGAUCCUCGUCGGCCCGGUGCAGUUUGUGUGCCAUGUCUGUAACAAGAACUUCAACAGAUACAACAACAUGCAGAUGCACAUGUGGGGGCACGGGCGCGAGUACCGUAAGGGCCCGGAGUCGCUCAAGGGGACGCAGACGCUGGCGCUGCUGAAGCUGCCGUGCUACUGCUGCGCCGCCGGCUGCCGGAACAACGUGGCGCACCCGCGGGCGCGGCCGCUCAAGGACUUCCGCACCCUGCAGACGCACUACAAGCGGAAGCACGGCGCCAGGCCUUUCCGCUGCCGCCGCUGCGCCAAGCCCUUCGCCGUCAAGGGCGACUGGCGCACGCACGAGAAGAACUGCGGCAAGCGCUGGUUCUGCGCCUGCGGCUCCGACUUCAAGCACAAGCGCUCCCUCAAUGACCACGUCCGAUCCUUCGGCGGCCAACACUUCCCCGUCGUCGUCGACGGUGGCGGCGGCGCCGCCACCCAGGACCGCGUCAUAAGCUUCCAACGGUGAGAUCGCUCGAUCGGCACUGAUAGAACAUAUGCAGGCUGACAUCUGCAUGCAUUCAUGCACUGCAUGCGUGCAUAAAGAUCCAAGAAGAUUCAAGAGGAACAAAGUGAUCAAUAGAGCAAUAAGGAGGCCCCCGAUCGGUUGCUAAGAGCUGUGAAGUAGCUGAAUUUUCUUCCCUUCCGCCGGAGUAGGCUGUCAAUGCAGCGCUUUGUAGUGGAGAAAAUUUACCAGCUUCACAGGCUAACUAAACCGGUAAAUAUGGGGGCCUAGUACUAUUUAUGUCUAGCAUUUCACUUACUAUAUGAGAAAGAUCAAAUUCUGAAGGGAUGAUUAACAUGUUGCAAUACAUAUACUUUUUUUUUUGAGAUCACAAUACAUAUACUCUGAUUGGCUACUUUUAUGCCACAGAGUCUAGCAAUUAAGUUUUUGGUUUGAAUCAUGUUUUUAUGUCGCAUUAUACUAAUAAACUAUUGUAAAAUUACUCCUUUCGUUCAGAUAUAUAUUUUUAAAUU